AUGACAAACACACAACCGCAACCUCCAACAAUACGUCCAGAGCCCUCAGCGCUCAGCGCGCAGACAUCCAGCGCAACGCACCAAAGUCCCUCCGCCGCAACCUCAACCCAAGUCCUACACAACCUCCAACACCAACACCUCUGGACCUCCCUCCUGACACACACAAUCCCAACACCGCUACCGUCCUCAACAAAACGACAAACUCAAACACACGCUGUAACAUUAGUGUCCGGGAUCCCACCACACAGGGUAUACACACACCCCGACGAACAACUGUGGAUGUUAGAAAAUGGGAUCCGGGAAGAUGACCUGCGGCCCGAGCGGAUGUUUGUGAUCCCCACUGCGCAUGGUCAGGCGUGGAGUCUUGCAACUAUGGCUGCUGUUUUUGAUGACUUGCCGCGGGUUGCUGGGGGGUUGGUUGAGUAUGGGCAUGGGGAGAGUGGGGAUGAUGAGAUGGAGAGGAAGUUGACGCGGUAUUAUGAGAAGAGGGAGAUGGCGAGGGAGAGUAGGGAAUGGGGGUCUCAGAGGUUGUUGCUUGCUAUGGUUGAUCGGGGGAUGGGUGGAGAUGGGACUGUUGCUUAUUAUGUUGUGCAGGAGGGUGAGGUUAAGCCGAGGCAGAAUUAG